UAUGCGCAUGCGUGUCACGAAGCUUUGCUUCCUGAAGUCUCCAGCAGCUAGUAGUAUUGUAAGUACUGCAAAGCCAAUGUCGCGACCUUGUGGACUCCAGGAACCUGUCAGGAACAGUCUAAUAGAUGAUGCCAAGGCCCGUUUGAGAAGGUUUGAUGUUGGGACCAGAUAUUCCCACUUGUCCCCUAAUAAGUACUCUGUUCUUCUGCCGUUGCUGGUCAAAGGAGGAAAGCUGUACUUGCUGUUCACUGUCCGCUCAGACAAGCUGAGAAGGUCACCUGGAGAAGUCUGCUUCCCUGGAGGAAAGAGGGACCCGGUGGACGAGGAUGACACGGCCACUGCUCUCCGGGAGGCCCAGGAGGAGGUGGGGCUGCAGCCCCACCAAGUGGAUGUGGUCUCUCACCUGGUGCCAUACCUGCUUGAUAAAGAUGUGCUGGUGACCCCCGUAGUGGGUUUUCUAGACCACAACUUCCAGCCCCAGCCUAAUGCUGAUGAAGUGAAGGAUGUGUUCCUCGUGCCUUUGGACUAUUUCCUGCAGCCCCAAGUCUACUACCAGAACCACUUUACACACUCUGACCACCAUUUAGUCAUACAUUGCUUUGAGUAUACAGACCCUGAAACUGGUGUGAAGUACCUAAUCAAGGGAAUGACCUCAAAACUGGCUGUGCUGGCCGCCUUAAUUAUUUUGGAAAAAAGUCCCUCCUUUGAGAUCGAGUUUGAUCUCAAUGACCUGAUACCAUCUUGCGAAAAGACCUUUCUUCGUAAAUAUCCUUCAAGCAAGUUGUGAACACAACAAAACCUAAAAGAACACCGACGAGGUUUUUGCGUGAGCUAAUGCACGGAACAACGUGGUUAGUAAGUGGGAACUGACAGGUGUGAAUAUUUUUCCUGCAACGCGAAGGUAAAGGCCUUGCCUGGUUUCCAGUUGCCGUUUUUCAUCUAUGACAUUAAAAGUCUUUCCCAAGUGGAAAAAUGCUUUGGCAGGGCAGUAUAAUUUUACCCACAAUGCAAAUAUUUUGAGUCAAUUUAGGGUUAUCUGGCACAUAAUAAAUAUUUGUUGUGAAUAUA